AUGUCUGACCAGCCUGUUGCGUCAAGCUCGCGCUGCACUACGCCGCCUCCCAAUCCGCCAAGUAAUAUCAGCCUCACACCAGAACAGGUUAAGCGGAUAGAGCUCAAUAGGCUGAAGGCCAAGGCGAGGCAGCGCGAGCGUGAAGAGCAAGCUUCGUCGUCGUCGUCCGUCAAUGCGAAUGGCAAGCGACCGCUCGGCGUCAUACCUGCGACGUCCACUUCUCCCACCGGUCCCAAAGCCCCUGCUAAGCUGAAGAGAGACUCGCGCUUCGGCAAAUACUUCGAGUAUGAUCUUUCGAAGAUGGUCAACUCGAAGGGUGGUUUCCUAGUCGAGGAUGGCAAGGAAGUAGACGAGGAGUUGUUGACGAAGGAGAAGGAGAGGGAGCGACAGAGAGCAGUGCAGAACGCAGAACCUCCAAUGUGGCUUGACCCGGAGCUUAACCCACGGUGUAAAGAAUGCAACACCAUGGAUAUUGAUCAGACUUUCCGCAAGGUCUUCGGCUGUCUCGUAUGCAACAAGUGCAAGAACGAGAAGCCCGAGAAGUACAGCCUCCUGACCAAGACAGAAUGCAAAGAGGACUAUCUCUUGACUGACCCGGAAUUACGAGACCAAGAGGUCAUGCCGCAUCUUCUGAAGGCGAAUCCACACAAGUCCACGUUCGCCAACAUGAUGCUCUUCCUCCGAUACCAAGUCGAGGAGUUCGCGUGGAAGAAGUGGGGCUCGCCUGAGGCCCUCGACGCCGAAUGGCAGAAACGCGUGAACGAGAAGAAAAAGAAAAAGAACAAAAAGUUCGAGAAUGGCCUGAAGGAGCUGCGGCGGAGAACGAGAGAGACGGUGUGGCAGAAGCGAAAGGACCAGGAGCACAAGCAUAUGUAUGGUCCUACAGAGAAGGGGUCGGACGGUGUUAGUAGACAGAUUUGCCAUAUGUGCGGGUUCUCGCAAAUCACGGACGCCUUGGAGGUGGAACAGCUGGAUGUGAGUCUAUUCAGGUCCAAGACCUUGCGCCUGCCCGCGAACGCGCGCGGAGUCUUCGGAGGACAGGUCAUUUCUCAAGCACUCGUCUCCGCGACGCAGUGCGUAGACUCCGCGUACAGUCUGCACGUACCGUCCCAGUGCUACUUCCUCCUCAGCGCGUCCGAGACCGUCCCCAUCCUCUACCAUGUCGACCGCAUCCGCGAUGGCCGCUCCUACGUCACGCGCGGCGUGCGCGCCGUCCAACGUGGCCGGACGGUCUUCAUGAUGCUCUGCUCCUUCCACCUCCCGGAGCCGCGGCAGCCCGUCUUCCGGUGGCCCAUGCCGGCGGACGUGCCCCCGCCCGACCAGUGCGAGAGCGCGGAGACAAUGUACGAGAAGCAGCUGGCGGAAGCGACCACGGAGAAGACCAAAGCCUUCAUCCGCUCUAUGCUCGCGGAACGCGCUCGCAGUCCCAUCGAGGUCAGGCUGGCGGGGGUCAGGAACGAGGGUCUGCCGAUGUACAUGUACUGGCAUAAGAUCAAGGACCGGGAAACCUCCAUGAAGUAUGACCCGGCCUUCCAGAAGUGCAUUCUGAGCUAUAUAUCCGACGCGAUGUUCCUCGGAGGCGGGCGUCGCGCAUUGGCUUAUGUGAACGAAGGUGGCAAGGGCCCUACGAAACCUACCAUGCAGACAUCUCUGGACCACAACAUCAGCUUUUACGACGAUAAUCUGGACUGUGGCGACUGGCUACUCUAUGUGAUCGUUAGUGAAGUGGCUUAUAGUGGUCGGACCAACGUGCAUGGUCGUAUGUACAGCCCAUCGGGUUCGCUGAUCGCAGUGUGCAAUCAGGAGGGUCUCUUGCGAGUCGACCCCAAUGAGCUUACGAAGGCGAAGCCUGGUGCGAAGCUUUGA